UUAUAAGAGCAUUUAUAAAAGCACGAUCGGCACAUUUCUUUUUUCAAAGUUAUUGUUUAUUUAUUUUACAAGAUUUCAUUAUAAAAAGAUCUUUAAAACUAGUACACAUAUUACGCGAAAAAAUAAUUUUAAAAUGCAAAUCAAUCGCUUUGUAAUAAAAGCAGCAGAGUAUUCAAAGUCUUUUAGAUACAGAAUAUAUAAUUUUGUUUUAAAAUCUUCAAUAUAAAUGCGCCUUUAUCUCUAUCUUCCGAUUAAUAACGGCAAUUUACCUCACCUUUAUUCAUAUAAUCCGAAAAAUUCAUACUGCGGAAGACAUGCACGAUCAGGAUGACAUCGCGCUCCUACGUUGUUUGCCUCUUGACAUCUUCCAUCCGUCAAUUUUCCGUUCACGAAAAAUGUAAAACCGCUCGCCUAUAACCCGACAGAUUUAUCGCGCCGAUCUCGAUGAAAUAUUCAUCACGUCGCGGACAGAUUCGCGUGAAGACGGGAUCCUCGAAUGUCCGGCGGGAGCGCAUCGUUCACCGACACGGCGAUACACGGCAAGCUGGAACCACCGAGAUCGUUGCACGGUGUCGAGGAUGCCGAGGUCAUUUGGGACACGAUCACGCGGCGAUUCCCGAAUGCGGCGCCGCUUCUCUGCGAGAUGGAAACGGUGAUCGAACGGGCGGAGGAUCUGCUGCAGCAGCUCAGGACGCCGUGCACUCAGGGAAACGGUGCGCGAUUUCCCUCGUCGGGGCGGAGCGAUUUUUUUGUCUACGUGCACAACAGACAAACAACACGUCCAGCUCGUUUCACACACCGGAUUCCCGGGAAUCUAACGCGACGAUUUCGAUGGUAUCCGACAUAGAAUCGUUCGCCGAGGAAACGAAUAUUUCGGAACAUCGCGACGCCACCGAGAGCGUUGAAAUGCAAUUUAUGGUGCACGAUAUUCACGCAAAGCAGGCGGAUUUGUCUCAACAUUGUAGUGAACAAUCCAUUCAGUGCGAGAAGAAGCGUCCCUCUCAGGGAUAUCAUUUGAAUUCAUCUCGAGGAGUCGACGGGGUCGUUCAACAUUUCAAAACGAGCUCGAUGGAUAAAUAUCACAAUUCUCACGGGAAAUCAGAUACUAACGUAAAGAAUAAUGCUGACAAAGCAAUCGGCUCGAUAGAAAGAUUGAUAGAAGCAGCAGGUGAAACAAAUAGUUUGGAGGGAUGGACAAAAAUGACUGAUAAUGUAUUGUGCGAAUAUCAUGACGAUCCGGAAGGUAUAAAGUUUAUUUCGCAAUUAAUCACACAAAUAACAAAUGUUGCUUUAAUCGUCUCAGAUGAUAACGCUUUGGAAAUUCGGUCGAACGUUGACAGAAAUGUUAUAGAUAAUCAUUCGUUGACGGUCAACAAUGAUGACAAGUGUGACGAAAUCGACGAUAAAAAAGUCAGUGUCGAGAAAUGUUCGGCGGCAACUGUGAAUCGUCGUUCGCCGCUGACUAUCCUUGAGGAGUACGCAAAGCGGUGUAAAGUGUCAAUCAAAUACGAGUACAAGCCGAAACUGAAUUCAUACGUGAUAAACGGUGACCUGUGCGGAUUUCGCGCAAUGUCGUGUGCCGCGACCCGAGAACAGGCCAAAAACGAAUUGGCAGCAAAAAUAUUGUGGAUGAUAGCCGAGCGUCAGAUGGAUGGCAUGAAACUUUCGUCGCCCGGCUGCGGAUUAUUAGAUUUCUCGAGGGAUGAGAUGUUAGAGAUAACUGCAAUCAAUAAAAACGAGUUGAAGAACGCGUCGCAAAAACUCUACAAAUUUUGUCUCGAGAAAGGGAAAUCUAUUCCGGAGUACACUAUUCGCCAUUCGAGAACAAAUCAAGGGUUUAUGUAUACGGCUCAAUGCGUAGCUUUAGGUCAUGUCGAAGUUGGACAAGGAUUGAGGAAAGAUAGCGCUAGGAUUGCUGCUGCUGAAAGUUUAUAUCAGAAAUAUAUUCGUGAGGCUGAGCAGCAAUCAAUAUAAGCUCAAAAAUUUGUGUAUCAAUUAUUACGAUAUUAUGUUACUGCUUACUCUCUUGGUUUAUCUUUAAUAAUAAAAUUUAAAUAAAUGUGAAAAUACAUAUAAA